AUGGGCUGUAACAAAGCCGUCGUGGAGGACCUCUUGACUGACCUACUAGGAGUGGUGACUGUACAAUCUUCUCCAUCAGAGUCCCAGUCCAAGCCAAAAUCAAAGAGGGUGAAGAUGGCUAAGGCAAAGGCCCCAGUUACUCAAAUGGACAUCGAAGACACCUUGCCAAUCUCCAAGCUAGCCAAGGUGAUCCAGCGCACUCAUUCCUUUGCAACGAAAGCCGAGGCUUUCAAGAAAGAAUUGGUCUGCAAGACCAAAGAGGCUGUUGGCUUCCUUGCUUCCCUUAAUAACGCCGAGGUAAAAAUGAUGAUACUACUGGAUCAAGCCAAAGCUACCAAACAAGCUCAAGAUCAAGUCGAGGAAAAGACGCAAGCUGCUGAAGCGGUUGCCUAUGUACUCAGGACUAAGGCUAAAGAAUCUGAAGCCAAAAUUGCCAAAGCUGAGGCGGAGUUGCGGGAGGCCCUGGCGACCAAGGCAUCCGAAAUUAAGGCAGCUAACAAAAAGGCCUACGCUGAAGGCCAGGCCAACGUACGUGACGCCUACAAUGAACAAGCAAAACCAGGCUUAUAG